GUCACUAUCAGACCACAUAACACACAUCUACUAUCUCAUCGUCGCUGGGCGCAUAGGUAUCAUCGAACUCUGCCGCCAUAAUGCAAGCGCUGCAAUCCACCGCGCUCCGCCCUUCCCCCAUCGAUCCGCUUCGCAGGUCAUCUCGAUCCGACGUUGUGCCCUGCAGAAAUGCGAGGCCGCCGGCGAAAAUGCUUCCGUUCAGGAUAUCUGCAUCAGCGUCGACGGUUUCGGCGCCGAAGCGGGAGACGGAUCCGAAGAAGCGAGUUGUAAUUACGGGAAUGGGACUCGUAUCGGUGUUUGGAAACAACGUGGAUGCGUACUACGAGAAGCUCCUCGCCGGUGUGAGCGGCAUCGUUCCCAUUGACAGGUUCGAUGCGUCGAAAUUUCCGACGCGGUUUGGAGGGCAGAUUCAGGGGUUCUCAUCCGAGGGUUACAUUGAUGGGAAGAACGAUAGAAGAUUAGAUGAUUGCUUGAGGUACUGCAUUGUUGCAGGGAAGAAGGCGCUUGAGGAUGCGGAUCUUGGAGGUGAUAAACUCAACAAGAUUGACAAGAUUCGAGCUGGUGUUUUGGUUGGGACAGGAAUGGGAGGCCUCACUGUCUUUUCCGACGGUGUACAGUCUCUAAUUGAGAAAGGCCACAGGAAAAUUACCCCAUUUUUCAUUCCAUACGCGAUAACAAACAUGGGCUCUGCCCUGCUUGCUAUUGAUCUUGGCUUAAUGGGGCCCAAUUAUUCAAUUUCAACUGCAUGUGCUACAUCAAAUUACUGUUUCUAUGCGGCUGCAAAUCACAUUCGCCGCGGUGAAGCUGACUUGAUGCUUGCUGGUGGAACGGAAGCUGCUAUUAUUCCUAUUGGGUUGGGGGGCUUUGUUGCAUGCAGAGCUCUGUCUCAAAGAAAUGAUGACCCAAAAACUGCCUCUAGACCUUGGGACAAAGAUCGAGAUGGUUUUGUCAUGGGUGAAGGCGCUGGUGUUCUGGUUAUGGAAAGUCUGGAACAUGCAAUGAGGCGAGGCGCACCAAUAAUUGCAGAAUAUUUGGGAGGUGCAGUAAAUUGUGAUGCUUAUCAUAUGACUGAUCCCAGAGCUGAUGGGCUUGGUGUUUCUUCAUGCAUCUUGAGUGCCCUUGAAGAUGCUGGUGUUUCUCCUGAGGAGGUUAAUUAUAUUAAUGCCCAUGCAACUUCCACCAUAGUAGGGGACUUGGCUGAGAUCAAUGCUAUCAAGAAGGUAUUCAAGGAUACUUCAGAGAUAAAAAUCAAUGCCACCAAGUCAAUGAUCGGGCACUGCCUUGGGGCUGCCGGUGGUUUGGAAGCUAUUGCAACUGUGAAAGCCAUCACUACUGGUUGGCUUCACCCUACAAUAAACCAAUUUAAUCCAGAGCCUUCCGUGGACUUCGACACUGUGGCAAAUGAAAAACAGCAGCAUGAAGUGAAUGUUGCAAUUUCGAAUUCAUUUGGAUUUGGUGGACACAACUCUGUCGUCGCAUUCUCUUCUUUCAAGCCAUGACAUUCUCCAGAAUCUGUGACCUGAGAUUAAGUCCUCUUUUACACCAUUCUAUCACUGGCCAUACCUGUUCUCAGAAGUGGUAACUUAGGUCUUAAUUUGAUCUUUUGAGGACCGUUGUCUAGUUUUAGAUUCAUAUUUGCGGCUGUUUCGGUGCAAAACAUGCAUCAGUUUUGAUUGUUUCUUUUGUGAACUUCCAUUUAUAUAUAUAUCCUGUAGACAUACUGAAAAUGGAUUCAUUUGAAUUUAGUUUUCUCAAGCAUUGCCUCUGA